AUGGUGAUUCUUGAGCACCAAGAAGAUGUCAAGGCGCCACGAGGCUGCGAGCUUUGUGUGAACAAACACGCGGUUUGGUAUUGUGCAUCGGACGAUGCUUUCUUGUGCCACUUUUGUGAUGAAUCCGUGCAUUCUGCUAACCAAGUGGCAACAAAACACGAGAGAAUUUGUCUCAGAACAAAUGAGUUAUCGAUCGGUGUGCCUCAAGGAACAGCAUCAAAACCGGUUUGGCACAGCGGGUUCAGAAGAAAAGCAAGAACGCCUAGAUUCCGUUGCGAGAAGAAGCCACAACUAAAGAUAGAAGAUGAGAGAAGAAGAGAAGACCCCUGUGUUCCCGAGAUUGGAGGCGAAGGAAUGUUGUUUUCCAUACCACCAGAAAAACAUGAUUAUCAUGAUGGUGAUGAUCAUGAUCUGACUUCUCUUGUACCAGAGUUUCAAGGAUUCACAGAGAUGGGAUUGUUCUUGAGCAACCACGAUGGUACUCAAGAAACAAUGAGAGAAUUCAACUUCUUUGGAGAUGAAAUUGAUGAUGGAAUGGAGGAUCUAUUUUACAAUGAAGAUGGAGAAGCUAAGACUGAUGGAGAUGAAGAAGCAUGUCAUGCACAAUCUUUGAUGAGCUCCAAGAAAGAUUACGACGACAAUGUCAUCUUGAUUUCAACAAAGACAGAAGCAAAUGAAGAAGAUUAUGAGAGUAAUGCAAAGCAGAGUAACAUGUUACUUAGACUUAAUUACGAAAAUGUUAUAGCAGCUUGGGAUAAACAAGGAUCUCCAAGAGACCAAACUCAUGAGUUUAAAAACAUGAGUAACUUCCAGCUAGUUCCUCCAGGGAUAGAAGAGAAGAACAUAAGCAGCAGAAGUGAGAGAGAAGCUAGAGUUUGGAGAUACAGAGAUAAAAAGAAGAAUCGUUUGUUCGAGAAGAAGAUAAGGUACGAGGUCAGAAAAGUUAACGCAGACAAAAGGCCUAGAAUGAAAGGUCGAUUUGUCCGGAGAGCUUUAGCUACUGAUUCCUAG